AUGGGAUGGAGGACUUGGAAAGUUCACAAUAAGUCUCGCCGAAGUAGAGAUGCCAUCGAUGGUGACAAGGAGGAGGAGGUGGAGGCGAAGGAUGGAGAGGUGGAUCUGAGACGGGAUCCUCAUGCGACGUGGAAGCUGCUCAGCGAGGUGCCUACAUUGUUGAUGAAUCCCAUCGAGCCGCCUCUUUCUUGGUCCCACUCGCUUAACUUCUCGCUCUUCCUCCCCGCUUCUCUCCAUCCAACCACCUUCCUCGCCAUCCCUGUCACUUACACCACCAAUGUCGCCGUCUGUCUGUAUCCGACGUCCUGUUCGACUGCGAUCCGCAUCGCCUCGCCUCUUUACGCCGUCCGGAAAGUGUGCUGCUGGCUCAUCAACGACAACGGACUGUUGAUUAUAAGUGGAGCGCCAUCGCAGCCGUCAAGGGAGUUGAAAGCGAUGGCAGUGUGGCAUAGGAAGGAGUGCCAGAGGAACAUAAAAUGUCACCUUCCCCCUUCUACUGAAUCGCUCUUCCUAAACAGGUCCAAAGAAACUUUCACUGAAUUCCUUCCGGUUGUGUCAUUUUCCAUUGAGCAGAAUGCUCUCAGCUGUAACUGGCGGCACGGCAAAAAAUUCUCGCAUAGUCGCCUGAUUUUGAAAGAUUUUGACAUUAUAGAGAUUGAAGAAGGCGAUGAACUUCCACAUCUCCGUGGAAGGAAAGGCGUCGAGGAAGGGGAUGAAAACCUUCUACGAGUUUCUCAGCGUCUUAACUGGGUGGAUCAACAAGGCAUAGGAGAGAUGAGGACGCUGUCCAUACUGAGUCUGCAGUUGCCUUAUGAGUUCUUCCAUUCUUCUCCAAAUAUUGCGCCAAAACGUGUGGAUGUUGAGAGGAAUCCGUACAAUUUGACGCUGCACUUUGAAAGCGAAAAAAGUGAUAGCCUCCGAGGGUGCUGUCAUCAGGGAUCAAGAUCACUGGACUCACUCGGAGAGCCUGAAGUCAAACCAGCGCCAACAGUAGCAGCAAUAGCAUCAGUUACCUCCACGCAUCCGCGCUCUCAAUUCCUGCAAAAUUGGUCUGCAUCGUUGCCUGUGUUGCCUCCGGACUCUCCUCGCGCCAACUGUGGCCACACGGAUGAGAAAACCGGGCUCCUCAACCAGCGCUCUCCGAGAUAG